GCCCGUGACCAAUGACCCUCAUCAAGUACUGGGGUUACCAUCAGAUUCGUGUACUCGCAGCUGGCUAUCACAAGACUGCGUUUCGUACUAGGUAUGGGAGCUUCGAGUGUGUAGUUAUGCCCUUCGGACUGACGAACGCACUGUCCACUUUUCGGGCGAUCAUGAACCAGAUCUUCAGUUCGCUCGUAGAUAAGUAUGUUAUAGUCUACCUAGACGAUAUACUUAAAGGACCUCGAAAACAUGAAAAAAAAAUCAUGAGGAGCAGCAAGAGAGAGGAGAGAGAGAGAGAGAGAGAGAGAGAGAGAGAGAGAGAGAGAGAGAGAGAGAGAGAGAGAGAGAGAGAGAGAGAGAGAGAGAGAGAGAGAGGGAGAGAGAAAGAGAAAGAGAGAGAGAGGAGGAAGAGAAGGAUAGAGAGAGAGAGAGAGAGAGAGAGAGAGAGAGAGAGAGAGAGUGAGAGAGAGAGAGAGAGAGAGAGAGAGAGAGAGAGAGAGAGAGAGAGAGAGAGAGAGAGAGAGAGAGAGAGAGAGAUCAAGAGCUAUAAAAGAGAGAGAGAGAGAGAGAGAGAGAGAGAGAGAGAGAGAGAGAGAGAGAGAGAGAGAGAGAGAGAGAGAGAGAGAGAGAGAGAGAGAAAGAGAGAGAUAGAGAGAGAGAGAGAGAGAGAGAGAGAGAUCCCUGAUUUUGGCGGCCGGCUCGCGCCGGCGGAGGGAGAGAGAGAGAGAGAGAGAGAGAGAGAGAGAGAGAGAGAGAGAGAGAGAGAGAGAGAGAGAGAGAGAGAGAGAGAGAGAGAGAGAGAGAGAGAGAGAGAAGAGAGAGAGAGAGAGAGAGAGAGAGAGAGAGAGAGAGAGAGAGAGAGGAGAGAGAGAGAGAGAGAGAGAGAGAGAGAGAGAGAGAGAGAGAAGAAGAAGAAGAAGAAGAAGAAGAAGAAGAAGAAGAAGAAGAAGAAGAAGAAGAAGAAGAAGAAGAAGAAGAAGAAGAAGAAGAAGAAGAAGAAGAAGAAGAAGAAGAAGAAGAAGAAGAAGAAGAAGAAAAAGAAGAAGAAUAAGGAGAAGAAGAAGAAGAAGAAGGAGAAGAAUAAGAAGAAGAAGAAGAAGAAGAAGAAGAAGAAGAAGAAGAAGAAGAAGAAGAAGAAGAAGAAGAAGAAGAAGAAGAAGAAGAAGAAGAAGAAGAAGAAGAAGAAGAAGAGGAAGAAGAAGAAGAAGAAGAAGAAGAAGAAGAAGAAGAAGAAGAAGAAGAAGAAGAAGAAGAAGAAGAAGAAGAAGAAGAAGAAGAAGAAGAAGAAGAAGAAGAAGAAGAAGAAGAAGAAGAAGAAGAAGAAGAAGAAGAAGAAGAAGAAGAAGACGAAGAAGAAGAAAUGUUGCGGGGCAGCAAAAGCCAAUCGGCCACGAGUUUCGAACUACCCCCACGAUUGCGCUCUUGGCCUAACAAGUGCUUGCGAAGUGUUGUAUCUGGUAAUGCCGUUCGGACUCACCAACGCACCUGCAACAUUCCAAGCAGAGAUGAAUCAUAUCCUAUGCCCACUCUUGGACGAAUGCGUGGUGGUGUACCUAGACGACAUCCUCAUCUACUCGCGCGACAGGCAACAACACCUCGAACACCUGCGACGCGUCUUCGAAAUUCUUCGACGAGAACGCUUAUACGUCAGACUAUCCAAGAGCGACUUCGCCCUCGGGAAAGUCCAUUUCCUCGGACAUAUCGUAAGCGCUCAAGGAGUUCACGUCGACCCCAAGAAAAUCAAAGCCGUACGUAUGUGGAAGACCCCCGAGAACGUGAAGGAGUUACAACAGUUCCUUGGCUUUGCUAACUACUACAACAGGUUCGUGCCGCAAUACGCGAAGAUCGCCACGCCACUCACUAAUCUGCUUAAGAAGAACAUGCCCUAUAAAUGGGAGCCACAACACCAGAAAGCCAUGGAGCAGCUGAAACAAGCACUCACGUCCGCACCUGUACUCAUCUUGCCAGACCCCGAACGCGACUACGUUAUCGAAGCUGAUGCCAGCGACCAGGCAGUGGGAGCAGUUUUGAUGCAAGACCAGGGAAAUGGACUGCAACCAAUUGCCUACCUCAACAAAAAAUUACAUGGAGCAGAACUCAACUACCCGAUACACGACAAAGAGGCCCUUGCUAUCAUCAUCGCCUUCAAAACGUGGAGAUGUUAUCUCGAAGGACGCAAGACGACAUUCUACACCGACCAUAGCAGCCUAAAAUAUUUGAAGACGCAACCAAGCCUCUCCAGGCGGCAGGUCCGGUGGAUUGACUUCCUCGAGACACACUUCCACUACGACAUCGUGUACAAGCCCGGCCACAAAAACAAACAAUGCGCUUACGGUCAUGACGCAAUCCUUGUCUCCAAAAUGGGACACUUCAUCCCGACACACAUGACAGCACGCACCGAAGAAACAGCACAACUCUUCAUUCGAUACAUCAUCUCACAGCAUGGCAUUCCAACCACACUUAUCUCCGACCAAGACCCCAAGUUCACCAGCAAGUUCUGGAAGGGACUUAUGUCUCUACUCGGGACCAAACUCACCAUGUCAUCCGCUUACCAUACGCAGGCAGACGGACAGACCGAGCGCCUCAACCAAAUUGUUGAGCAACUCCUCCGAGCAGCCUGCAAGGACGAGAUCUCCAAAUGGGACUUGCACCUGCCCGUUUUAGAGUUUGCCUACAACAAUGCUACACACGCCGCUACUGGACAGACGCCGUUCUUCCUCUGCUACGGACGCUACCCACUCACACCACAGAAACCGACAACAUCAGCAUUAUGACGUACAAGACACGACUCGUUG